AUGCAUUUGACAUCAAUUGCAUCGCAUCAGUUACUAAUUACAAAUUUGCGUAAUUACUCUAGACCUGUAUCUAAAAGAGUAAUUAUCCCUCCAGCAUCACAUGUUAAACAGCAUUCUAUAGGUAUUCAAACACCAAGACAUGAUUAUAAACAAUUACCUGAAGAUUCAAAUUAUAUCGAGAAGUUUUAUAAUGAACUAGGACAAUUCAAAAAGCAAUAUUUAAAACAAAUACUUAAUAAAUCAUAUAGUUCUUUUGAAAAUGAUCCAGAUGAGUUGAUAUUCCAAUUGGAAAAAUAUAUUGAGUUGUCUAUCAUUCCCAAGUAUACUUUAUCAUCUAAAUCAUCUUUCCACAUCCAAAAAAUUAACCUUUAUUGUAACAGUCUAAGUGAUAAAAUAGUUGUUGAAAGAUAUUUGGAAUUCAUUAAUGCGAUUAGGUUAACAUUAAGAUUGAAUGGAGGACAUUCUUUUAUUUUUGAUACACUUUUAGAAGCAAAACGUGUAUUCGACCAGAUGGAAAAGAAUAAGCAUUCAAUAUAA